UCACGAGCAACACCGAAAUCAAAAUGAGAAGCAUCUUUUGGUUGGUGCUCAUUGCGAGCUUUGUAGCGCUCGUUGCCGCAAUGUCCUACAAGAAAAACGAUCAAGAUGUUUACGAAGCAGAUCUCAUUCCUGUCUCGUCAACCGUGAUACCGUUGCACGAGUUAACGGUGACCUCGCAAGCAAACAACACGAAAUUGCAUCCAAAAAUGCUCAGCAGACAGGAGAUUAAGAAGAUUUUGAAGAAGCACAUGUUAAGUGAGGAGGAUCCGCAUCAAUUGAUUACAGCUAAAAAAGGUCGAACAACGAGUCGCAGAAAGUCUAGAAUGGCUUAUGUGUUUAAAAGUGUGAGAUAAAAACACGAAAAAAAAAUCGAAAAAAAAAAUUAAAAUUAAUGAAUUAAUAAAAAAUAAUAACCAAAAGUGCUUUAACUGAGUAGCAAGGCUCGAA